AUGUCGAAUGACCCCUGGGUGGCGCCGCCCGAAGACUGGCUAGUGUUCACGAACUGCACAGCAGGAGCAUAUUGGCUGGCAGCAUUCGUUGACCAGAGAUACCGUGACACGGCGGAGCACGAUGCCCCUGUGGUGGCCACCUACCAAUACGUUAGGUCUGUGAUGCCUUCGAACAUCACAGAACCCGACUUCGGCCAAGCGGUGGCGUGGUAUAACGACCUGGAUGUGAAUACCACCGUUUGGCAACUUUGCAAGCAACUUCGCUGGAGCGGCGACCCUGAUCUGGCGGGCAACGGGGUAAUGGCCGUUUACUACCUCGCCGCUAUCUUCUCCACGCUCUACUUCCUUGUCCUGGCAUUGGAAAGGUACAGGAGCAUUUCCGGAAAUUCGCCAUUACGGCGCCUCUUGACCAAGAUUACCGUUGCAUUUCGAGAAUCACUGCACGGAUUCAUCGACGCCGGCCAGCUCUUUGCAAUCGCCAUGCUCGUUGCAUCAUGCUAUCGCCACGGCUCGUCAAGGAUUCACCCGGACAAGACUCACUCCAUCUACGGCCUUGAAAAUUCGAGCUAUCUGGCAGUCUUUGCCAUCUUCCCUCCUCUACUUCUUCAGAUGGUCGCCACAGAAUUACGGAGGCGGAAGACCAGAGUUAUCAUGUGGGCUGUAAUCACUGUUCUUGCGAUCACCGUCUCGGCGCUAUACCUGAAUCUCGGGACCAGUGUAAAGCAGGUCCUAAACCUGCUUGAUCGAGACUCGGCCACAACGGACGUCUUCUGGCAACUUCAUUGCGAUCCAGAAGAUCUCAGAGGGGCACUAGACUUCGCGCUCUUUUUCGCCGAAAUCCUCCUAGUGCUGAAUCUGCUCUGGUGGCUCUACCGGGUAGCUCCGGUUGCGAUCCGUUCAUGGGUCAAUAGGAGAGUAUCAAAACAUAGAGCAUGGCACAUUCUGGACCGAUCUGUCAAGGUCCUCAAUGGGUUUCUCUGCUUUGCUGUCAUGUGGACAAUGCUAGGGCUCUUCAAUGCUUACCGCCUCUACUUCGGACGCCGGAUGGGUUCAACGAACCAAGACAACCAAUGGAGUUUCGGGCAGAUCUUCGCUCUCGCCACGUGGGCACCCGUAGCGAUAGAUCUCAUCUCUAUAUUCGUCCAUGGCGCGAAGGACGGCCUGGAAGGCAAGAUUUCGGAGCGAUAUCAUCUUGUCGAAGCACCCCCUACUCCUGUUACCUAUCUGGACAUGGACCCUUUACAGGUCCCUGCCGAACCCCAGUACAGCCACGUCUUGGCAGAGUCGACUGAUGGACGAUAUGACAAGGCGUAA